CCGCCGCAGCAGCAACAGGUGUGACACCGCCGUACUGUUUGUCCCUGCCCGGAUGCCAUCAGAGUGCUGCCUAACAACACAAAACUGUCAGCGACAACUUCUGCUUUCAUUGCGCUGCACUGAUUUGAAUACAUAAAAAAUAUCUUAGCUCAGUGUUUCUGCCGUGACAGUUACACACAGUUGUCCGGAUUCAUUCACAAUUGCCGCAUCACGCAUCUCUGCGACUUUCUCCCGACUUCUAACUGGCAGUUGAUGUUAUAACAAGCACCUGAGGCCAGAUGAACCAAAGAGGCGUCGAAACAGGACAGGGGAUUCACUUGUUUCCUGCAAACGGAUGUGUUGUUCGGAGUGAACAGAAGACAAAGAGUUUUGAAAAAAUGUUAACAAAGAUGCCUUCACUGUCCAGUGGAAUGUAGAGUCUGAAGUGAUGGAGAAGAGAGAGGAGAGCCCUGCAUAUGAGCAGGACCCCGCACCUCCAGAGCGAGGACUUCUCAACAUCUGGCAGUCAGCGGGCCCCAGUGAGCAGCUCUGUCCAGAGAGAGUGCUGCUUUCCAGGCCUGUUCUGCAGGCCAGCCUGGGAGAACAUCAUGGACUCCUGCUGACACAGGGUGGUCAGGUGUAUUCAUUUGGAGAGCUGUUGUGGAGGGAUCUGAGCAUCCCGGCGUCUGCUCCGGUGCUGGAGGUGUCUCUGCUGGGGAAGACAGUGGUCCGUGUGGCUGCCGGCGGCUUCCACUGCGGAGCGCUGAGCGAGCAGGGCACCAUCUACAUGUGGGGGGAGAACACUGCAGGACAGUGUGGGCUGACUGACAGAGGUGCAGUCACAAACAUUACAGUUUCAGAACCAUGCCCGGUCAGUGUUGUUGACAGUGAGGUCGUUCCUCCAGCGGUGGUUCGGGUUGUGGAUCUGGCCUGUGGACGGGAGCACAGCCUGGCUCUGUCGUCCCAGAACGAGCUGUGGGCCUGGGGCAGUGGCUGCCAGCUCGGCCUGGUCACAAACACUUUCCCUGUGUGGAGACCACAAAAGGUGGAGCACUUGGCUGGCAGACACGUAAUUCAGGUGGCUUGUGGUGCCUACCACAGCCUGGCCCUGGUUCGCAGUUUAGCUCCUCAGAACUACAAUACCAGGAACCCCCCUGAGAAAUGGGAGCGGGGCCAGUCACCUCACUACUCGGUGACAGAGAGGGAGGAGCCGUUUACAGUUGAUGAUGCUCACUACUGUCCACUGGGGGUGGAGCUGACUGAAGUCUUGACAGGCGAGACCUCUCCCGGGAGAAGAGGCCCCAGACGAAGGCUCCAACCUGGGGGAAGGUCAGCUGGCAGCAGCUCUGGCCCUGGAGCCAGUUCAUGCCCAUUUCCUAAGGACCGCAAAUUUACCACUAAACAGGAGAAUCUCCCAGUUAGCGCCAAUCUCAAGCCCGAUGGGCACGCUGACCAUCUAACUCAGACAGACAGCAGCCCCAAGUCCCACCCACUGUCAGGCUGGGGGGCCAAUAAGAACUCCGUUUUCCCUGACGAGAUGGAGCUCCAGAACCUCCUCCAGAAACUCUCUGGUCACUCAUUAGAGACGCAACACACCACUGGCCCAGGGGAUACUGACUCACUGAGCAGUCACACUUCAGAUGACAGCUGUGUAUCUUCAACUCCUUCAGUGGAUCUGUUCACCUCUAGUUACAAAGACGAAUUGCCAAUUAAGAGUCAAACCCACAAUAACAGUGGAGUGUCUGGGCCAUACUCCUCCUCCCCUGUGUGUUUGGAAGAAGUUCAGCUUUGUCUGGAGGCGGAGAACAAGGCACUGCAGGAGCAGAAGAGCUCUAGUCUUACAAAUAUAAACCAGAAGGGGAAAACAGCAAUAAACAGGAGACGCUCACUGCCUGGAACGCCCACCCAUGGUAGGAAUGGGUCUCCACGGCGACGGCGGCAUUGUGCCUGCAGGCCAUCCUCUGCCGGUCGGACCCAGGCCGCAGCACCAGAGGAGACAGGAGACGGGUUGCCAUCUCUAGAGACAGAAGUGUGGAGCUGGGGCCGCGGGUCUGAGGGGCAACUAGGCCACGGAGAUCAGCUUGCUAGACUCCAGCCUCUGUGUAUUAAGUCUUUGAAAGGCGAAGAAGUAAUCAAAGUUGCCGCAGGAUCACACCAUUCAAUGGCCCUCAGUGCUCAGUGCCAGGUGUACUCGUGGGGCAGCAACAUGUGUGGACAGCUCGGUCAUGUCAACAGCCCUGUCACUGUUCCUCAUAAGGCGAAGCUGUCCAAUGGUCUCCGGGUCUGGGACGUGUCGGCCGGUCAGAGCCACUCCCUCCUCCUGGCGGACGGAGAAUGUGUCCAGCCGAUCCUGUUAUACUGUGGCCAGCAUCAAGAGCCAACGUCAGCGCAGAGUCAAAGGUCAUGCCGGAGGUUACCCAACAGGGUGGAGAGUUAUACAGUCAGACCCACCCUGCUGCCUUUGUGCAUGGAGAUGGGUUAUAUUAGCAGUGUGUGCUGUGGUGGUCAGAGCUGCGCAGUGUUGGCAGACCAGAACGUCAUGGGCUUCAUCGCAGCUAUCCACGAGCUGGCUUCCAGGGAGAGACACUUCUAUUGCUGGUUGAGCAACGUCAGGAAACUCCUCCUCACCCCACUACGUAACAGAGAGGGUGUGUGCCCGUCAUUAGGUAAGCCGUGCACUCAUCUCUUCUUCUCUCUCUGUGAGAGUUUUGUGCGUCUGAGCGUCCUGAUCGGUCGACACUCCACAUCACUCAGCUACUUCCUGCAUGAUGUGCAGGGCCGUGAUGUCACGUCCCUUCCACUGCUGACGCACACUGAACACUUCCUGGACAUUUAUAAAGAGUAUUGCUCUGCACUAGGUAACUUCCAGGUGAUGGGUGGAUUCCAGUCACUCCAUAAACUCUCUAUUGAGUGUUUGGGUUCUCAGCAGACCAUGCUCACUCAGCUGUGUGUUUCCGAUCAGUCUGCCAGUGGUGAUGUUGAUCUGGUUUCAUUGUUGUACUGGCCUCUGCAGCAGCUCCACCAAUAUAGCCGAGCCCUGCUCAAACUAGCAGCCUGCUAUGAUGUGUUAACUAUAGAGUAUCAGUCCCUCCAUCAGGGCUGUAGUCAGUAUGAGUCGCUGUCUUUGUCCCUGUUGAGGAGGAAGAAGGAGGCUGAAACUACAUUUCUCUUCUGGAAGAGUCACUCUGGAAAAAAUACUGAGGUUCUGCGUCUCCCGCAGCGUCGUGUAGUGUGUGAAAGCAGCGGCAACAGAUCUCUGACCCUGCAGAACGCCGGGCGGUUCUCCAACCACUGGUUCAUACUCUUCAACGAUGCACUGGUGCACACACAGGGUGCCAUUCCCUCUCAGAGCUUUUUCUCCACACAUCACAUCUAUCCUCUGACUUGUCUGUGGGUGAAACCAGUUACUGAAAACAGCAGCGGACUCUAUGCCAUCAAAAUUACAUGCCCAGAGGAGAGUUUCACCCUGGUCGCCUCAACGCCACAGGAGAAGAACAAGUGGCUACGAUCUCUUAACCAGGCAGUGGAUCAGGUGCUGGGUGGUGGAGGUAAGGGGUCAUCUCCAGGGAUGACGGCGAUGUCUCGUACAGCCUCCUACACGUUUACUGGAGAGGGACGGUUUAAAGACGCCCAGUACACCGGGGGCUGGCUGGCAGGACGAGUUCAUGGCAGAGGAACCAUGAAGUGGCCAGAUGGACGAACAUACACUGGGAACUUAAAGAGUGGACUAGAGGAUGGCUAUGGGGAGUGUAUAAUACCUAACAAAGUGCUGAAUAAACCAGAAAGCUACCACGGACACUGGAGAGAUGGCAAGAUCCAUGGUUUCGGGAAGUACAAGUAUGCCAGUGGCGAGGUGUACGAGGGCUGUUUCUGUGACGGGCAGCGGCAUGGUUACGGUAUGCUGAGCUCUGGUAAACAGGUCAGGACUUCCUCCAGCGUUUUCAUUGGCCAGUGGGUCCAGGACAGGAAGACAGGAUAUGGAGUCUAUGAUGACAUCACCAGAGGUGAGAAGUAUAUGGGACUGUGGCAGGAUGACCAGUGGCACGGCAGCGCUGUGGUUGUCACCCAGUACGGUGUGUACUAUGAAGGGACCUUCAAAGAGAACAGGAUGAGUGGUCCAGGGCUGUUGGUGUCAGAUGAUGACACAGCUUUCCAUGGGGAGUUUUCUGAUGACUGGAAUGUCAACGGGAAGGGUGUUUUGUCCCUGGCUAACGGUGAUUGUCUAGAAGGCCUGUUCAGUGGAGAGUGGAGCACUGGGCUGAAAGUGGUUGGAACGUACACCAAACCAGCUGCUGAUGAACCUGAGAACAGGGACAGAAACAGACUGUUCAGGUUGGGUCAGUAUGUGGUGCCUGCAGGUCAGAGGUGGAGCUGUGUGUUUAAUGAAUGUUGGAGUCGACUGGGCUGUGAUGCAGCAGGGAGAGGAGAGAGGACCACAGCCUGGGAGAACAUCGCUGUCACUAUAACAACUGCACAGCGACACAGCCCAGACCUCAGUAGGUCUCAGAGCAAAGUAUUGGAGUGUUUGGAGUUUAUUCCCCAGCAUGGAGAGCCUGUCACCACGGCAAACUAUGACAACAUAAGAAGAUAUCUCAUCAAGGCCUGUGAGACCCCCAUCCACCCUCUGGGCUGGCUGGUGGAGACGUUGGUGACCGUCUACAGGAUGACUUACGUUGGCGUCGGAUCCAACCGCAGGCUGCUCAGGCAGGCGGUCCAGGAGGUCCAGGCUUACCUCACACAGUACUACAGCAUCGUCAGGUUUCUGUUUCCAGGGUUACCAGAUGAUGGCGGCGUCAUCCCAGACCCCCCUGCCUCUCCAUCCAAAAGCAGACAUAACUCUAACACAGCAGAGCAAAGUGUUGUGGUGGUGAGCUGCUCCUCUCUGCUCCUCCCUCUGCUGCUCCCUCAACUCUACCCUCCUCUCUUUACCCUGUACUGCCUGCAGGAGGAGCAGCAGGAGGCCCAGUACUGGGAGCGCAUCCUCCGACUCAACAGACAGCCCGACCAGUCACUGCUCAGCUUCCUGGGAGUGCAGGAAAAGUUCUGGCCAGUGUGGAUGUCAAUUCUGGGGGAGAAAAAGCAGAUUGUGUCCAGCAGUAAAGAUGCCUGCUUUGUUUCUGCUGUGGAGACACUCCAGCAAAUCAGCACCACCUUCACUCCGUCAGACAAACUCCUGGUCAUCCAGAAAACAUUUGAGGAGCUGACCCAGGAAGUAAAACCUAUGCUGGAAGGGGAUUUCUUGUGGUGCAUGGAUGACCUGCUCCCCCUCUUCCUCUAUGUGGUUAUCAGGGCUAGGAUCAGGAACCUGGGAGCUGAGGUCAGUCUGAUAGAGGAUCUGAUGGAUCCCAACAUUCAGCAUGGAGAGAUGGGACUGAUGUUCACAACACUGAAGGCGUGCUAUAUCCAGAUUCAGCACGAGUCAACUACGUAGGAGCGGAGAGGACGCCGCCCCACAGUCAGCGGGACGGGGAAACUGUAGUGUUGACACAGUGCUGCACACACAGGAGCUGCCAGAACAAACCAGUCAAACACCAGUAUUCCACUGGUGGCCACUGGGAAGCUGCACUGAGGCUGCAUAGACAGAGAGCAGAGGGAGAGGAGAGUGUUACGCCUUCACCCUCUGUCAACACACAGGAAAUUAUACCUGACACCUCGUUCACUGUUGAUCCUUUUGGUAUGUUGCAGUACUCCAGAGUUCUCUGUCUUCUAUUGAAGACAAUAUUCAAGACAGCAACACACCGCCCUCUUGUGGACAUGUUAGAAAAACUGCAUUAUCAUCUUCAUAACAUGGUAAUAUGUCCCUGUCAGGUGUUUUAUUGUAUAUCUUUCCUGUCUCAUCUGCUUUUUAUUAGCACUUGUAAACACUCCAUGCAAAGGGAACUAACCUAAGUCUGAAACAUGACCACAUUUUAAGAGGAAAAUCACAAGCUAAUAGUGAAAUAAUAAUGUAAAUGUUUCUAAUGGCUUAGUAGUGGCUGUAGAAGAUUAACAGUGCAGUUACCACAGUAAAUACACUGUUGAAAACAUCCAAAUUUAAUUAAGCCUACCUAUAGUUACCCAUUAAAUUUGUGUAUAUUAGUUGACUGAAUGUGAUAACUACUGAUUUGUUAAAAAUGAGCAGUUGAGGUUGCUGAUGGUCAAGACAAACUGACAGAAGCUUGUUAUACUGUUAGUUGGUGGUGGUUUUGUAGAACCAAAAAUAUCUUCCUGCACUUAGGCAUGUUUUUAGCACUUGUAGCAUUUUACAUAGUGACGGGAACACUGCGUUUUCAUUACUUUUCACUGGUCUCAGAGCAUCUACGUGAAACACAGAUGGAGUUUAAUUUAGCAGUCAAGCUGGCCUCCUGAGCAGAGAUCAGACCUUUGGCUCAGAGGUAGGCAGCUGCAGCAGCUCAAGAGCACACUGGACAAGAGAUUUGGCUUUUCUAACGAAAUGAACUUUGCAAAGUGUCUGCGUUAUAUUCUCUACAUGAAAGAAGAGAAAAACUGCUGCAGGCACUUAAUGUCUCAGUUGUGGAUUGAUAUUUCUUCCUCAGAAGCCAAACCAAAAUAACUAGGUCAGAAAGCUGUAGGUAAUAGAACGGGAAAUUUUUCAUUUCCCUUGGAACAGUAUGUUCCUGCAAAUGUAUUUUAAAUGCAAAUAAUUUACUUUGCUUGCACGGAAAUCACAAAUCCUCCUUUUUUUGGAACAUGUCCUCUCACUCUUCAAAGUGUUAUAAGACUGUUAUAUCUUUUGAAAGCAGGAGAGGUAGUUCAAAACAUCACACUAAACAGACCUCCAGUUUUCCGAGACUGUUUAAAUUAUUUUUUACUUAUUUAUUUUUUUAAAGACAUCUACCUUCCUCCAACCCGAUUCCAACCUGUGCGUGCUCCCACAGGUAGAAACAAACCAUGAAGCUUUUUGUCUCAGGUCUCGAUUUCUGAUUUUCAUAACUAAUAAUACAGUAAACUGGCCAGUAGGACAUUAAUAUGUCACUACAGAGGGAAAUGAUUUGUACUUGAGUUAAUAUAACUAAUGAGGGAACACAGAGUAGCCAAGCAUAAGAGAAAUAUUCUUUCCUCUACUGGUAUUCAUUCAGUUUUGUUCUAUGGAGCGCACACAAGUGUGGGUGUGGGUGUGUGUGUGUGUGUGUGUGUGCGUGUGUUUGGUGUGUGAGUGAAUGAGCAUAUUAUGAACAAAUCUGACAAGGAAUAGUUUUAACAGUUUCCAGUUUAGAUCAACCAGGAAAGUGUUUGUUGUAAAAAAGUAAUAUACAGGUUAUAUACAGUAUAUGUAGAUUAUCUCCAUCUAGGAUGUUAUGUUGUACACAGGACGUGAAAAAAAACAAAACUUGUCGACAGAUUUCAAUGAAAUGGGGUGGAAAGUUAGCCCCUAAAAAGGAAUGACUACUUGAUUGUGCACCCAGUCAUUUUUAAAGGAAUGCAUUGUGAGAUAGGACAUUACAAAAAAUGUUCAACAUGUUAUCAACUACUGCACUUACGUAAGUGGAAAGAAUGUGUCAAAUGUAUGUCAGGAUUGUCUAUCACUGUGUAUAUUUCAAUGCAGAUCCAGACUGAAAUUGUCUAUUUUUAUAGCUCAUAUGCUAGCCUACAAAAAAAUGCAAAAUCAAAUGUAUUGAUCCUCUGAAUCGAUCUGUAUGUGUUAUAAAGCCCUAUAGGGACAUCAAAAUAAUUUUGUAUUUUUAAUUCACUUGCAUUGAGGUCCCAUUUUUAAGUCUCAGAAUCGUCAUAAGCUCAGCCAAUAGUGUUGUCAUGUGUAUUUGAGUACAUCCUUUUGUUUAUGGUUUUUUUUAAGCAUGAAGGACCCUCAAAUCAGUUAUAAAUGAAUUAUGAUACUUCACUUAUUCAGUAUUAGAUAUAUCCAUUAUAAAUGGAUUUAAGUUAUAUUAUAAGCUAGCUAUACCACUUAAUCUUUCGAGGGUCACGGGGCAGCUGGAGCCAAUCCCAGCUGACGGUGGGUGAGAGGCGGGGUACACCCUGGACGGGUUGCAAGUGUAUCACAGGGCUGAUACUUAGAGACAAACAACUAUUUACGCUCACAUUCACACCUACGGGCAAUUUAGAGUCGCCAAUUAACCUGCACGUCUCUGGACUGUGGGAGGAAACCCACUUGGCACGGGGAGAAUAUGCAAACUCCUCACAGAAAGGCCCCGGAAGAACUGGGGUUUGAACCCAGAAUCUUCAUGCUGUGAGGUGACAGUGCUAACCACUGCACCAACCGUGCCAAACCUUAUAAAGAAACAAUACAUAUUCUAAAUUUCCCACAACCUUCUCGGCACAAUCAGGUCUCCCCCAUGGAGUCACAGUCAUAUAUAUUGUUUAAGAUACAGACCCAGUGGCAUAAAAUGAUAUUAUCCUUUGGAAUAGCUACCAAACUUUAUUUCCUACAUUUUAGAUAGCCAUAGGGUUGAGACAAAGUCAGUACAGCAGAAAAAUCAGGUUUGAAAUCUGCUUCAGUUAAAAUUUUUUAUUUUUUUUUUUUUUUGGGGGGUUAUAUUAUUGUCUCAUGUCACGAUGCAGUUUGAACUUGGUACAUUGUUUCUGAAAUGAAGUGCAUCCUAUCAAAAUAAUGCAAAAAAAAAACUUAAGUUAUGAUUUGUAAAAUGGUCAGUAGUAAUAUGAUGUGCGUGUAGUGUGUAAUUAACAGGCUAAAACAUGUUAUGAUCCUGUAAAACCUUAAUUUCUUGGAGGUUUCAGACUAAGAGGCUGUAAACUGAUUGAAUUUAUGAUUUGAAUUUAUAAUUUUUCUAACUAAUUCUACUUUUGUAAUUUCAUACAUUUGUAUGAAGUGAUGAUCAGGGGAACUGAUUGUAGACUGUCAAUUAGUUUUGAUGGAUAAAUUCAUUAAAAUAGGAAAUGAAUAAAUGUCUCUACUCAAAA